AUGGGAAUAUUUACAUCCUGCUGUAAGCCUUCAGCGGCAGACGUGCUAACUCCAGAUGCAGAAACCAGAAGGAGGCAGCAAGUGGAGGCUGCAGAGCGUCGUCGUAAUGAGGAAGCAGCUCGAGGAGUUAAGGAUCCGGAGCGAGUGAGACGAGCUCAGCAACGAUCUGAGGAAAUGGAAAGGAGGGAACAGGAACUAAACAGCGCUGGCGGAGCAAACUUGAAGUGGACGGCCAACUGA